AAAGACGACUCUAUCUCCGUUCCUCCCCACCUCCUCCGUUCCUUGCUACGUUCUGUAGUGGCUAGCUUGGUAGCUCUAGCUUCUCAUUCGGUCGACGUCUGCGCAGGGCUGGGCUACGCACCUUGGAGAUGACCUCAUAUUGCUAUUAUCACUGUUGCUAGGCACUGCUGGUCUUGCUCUUGUCGGUAUAAUUAUUCGUCUGGUGAUUCCGGUGGUCCAGGGUCCUCUUAACCAUCGAGUGGAAUAUCUGCUACCCAGAAAACACCAUGUCGGGACUAAAGGAAGAUGGGAAGGACGAUGGGCAACAGCCCGCCAUCGCGGGCGAGGAUAUCGACGUCGGGACCAACGAUCUGAGCACGAUCCCGAAAGGCACCAUCGACCCCGUGUACGAGGCGAAGGCGAGAGUGCUAAACAGAGCCAUUCAGGAUAUCGGCAUGGGGUGGUACCAAUGGCAGCUAUUCGCCGUGGUGGGGUUUGGCUGGGCCUCGGACAACCUCUGGCCCAUCGUCACGUCUCUCAUCUUCACGCCCAUCACGAAUGAGUUCUCGCCGUCGCGCCCCCCGCUCCUCAGCCUGGCCCAGAAUAUCGGCUUACUGGCUGGGGCUAUGUUCUGGGGUUUUGGCUGCGACAUCUUUGGUCGGAGGUGGGCCUUCAACCUGACCCUCGGCUUAACCGCGGUAUGGGGGAUGAUCGCCGCCUCCGCACCCAACUUCGCCGCUAUUGGCGUCUUUGCCUCCUUCUGGUCCUUCGGCGUCGGCGGCAACCUCCCCGUCGAUUCGGCCAUAUUCCUCGAGUUCCUCCCCGGGUCUCACCAGUACCUGCUUACGGUUCUCUCCGUCGACUGGGCGCUAGCGCAGGUCAUCGCGAACCUGAUCGCGUGGCCGCUCCUGGGCUACAUGACCUGCCAACAGGAAGACAACGACUGCACGAGGAGCAAGAACAUGGGGUGGCGAUACUUCAUAAUCACCGUCGGCGGGCUGACGCUGGUCAUGUUCAUCCUCCGCUUCUUCUGCUUCACUAUCUACGAGUCGCCCAAGUACCUUAUGGGUAAGGGGUUGGAUGACAAGGCCGUGCACAUAGUCCACGAAGUCGCGCGGCGGAACGGCAAGAGCUCGGACCUAACCGUCGACGAUCUUAAGGCGUGCGAGCCGGACGGGUACGAGCAAGGGACCACGGCGAGUGACGCCGUGAAGCGAAGGCUCGAAGCGGUCAACUUUACCCACAUACGGGCCCUCUUCGUGACGAAAAAGCUGGCGUACAGUACGGCCGCAUUGAUGGUAGUUUGGGCCUUUAUCGGUCUGGGGUACCCCCUCUACAACGCUUUCCUGCCCUACAUCCAGGCGACGCGGGGGGUCGACUUCGGCGACGGGUCGACGUACAUCACGUACCGCAACUCGCUGAUCAUCGCGGUGCUCGGCGUGCCGGGUGCGCUGGUGGGGGGGCUGCUGGUGGAGCUGCCGAAGUUCGGGCGCAAGGGGGCGCUGAGCUCGAGCACGGCGCUGACGGGCGUGUUCCUGUACUGCUCGACGACGGCGACGAACUCGCAGAGCCUGCUCGGCUGGAACUGCGCGUACAGCUUCACGAGCAACAUCAUGUACGCGGUGCUCUACGCCUACACGCCCGAGCUGUUCCCGACGCGCGACCGCGGCACGGGAAACGCGCUCACGGCGACGGCGAACCGCAUCUUCGGCAUCAUGGCCCCCAUCGUCGCCAUGUUCGCCAACCUCGAGACGGCCGCGCCCGUCUACACGAGCGGGGCGCUGUUCAUCGCCGCCGGGCUCAUCGUGCUAACCUUACCGUUCGAGUCGAGGGGGAAAGCGAGCCUGUAAAUUCCUGUAAAUUCAAUGCCUAUCCUAUUAUGUCCGCUACGGCAGGACGGGGGAGGCUCUUUAAAAGUUAUAUGUAACAUAUUUAGUGAGUUUGACGUCUGGGCAUACAGGCCUCGGGCUUUUUCGUUACGGAUCUUGUUGUGAUACCCGAAAAUCCUCAACCGCAACUUGUCCUAAUGUCAUAACUAGUCUUCACCAGCAUUCUACUAUGGCGUUUGAAACAAUUCACUUCCGUCGCUAACCUCUAGAAAUUCGGUUAAUGUGCUCACUAGCUAAUUUACGGACUGGUGGAUGGUAUCGAGUUUUAACUGUCUACGGCGAGUGCCUAACCUCAGCAGGUUAGGGUAUUGAUGGAAUGCUGAUUCCGGACGGAUAACGGGUUCCGCUCAAUUGCCAGUAACGAAGCAUUGAGCAGAGAAUCUUCGAGUCUAGCCAUCCUGGCAUAACUCCCGUUUCAUUCUAUUGGCUGCCCUGGCGAGCACAUGGAGCAGGGUAGUCUGCAAACCAUAGCUUAUUCCUACCUCCAUACCUUGACUCCUUUCUCUUUACUCUCUCGUGUAUUAGCCCCGUCAUCUCCUACAGCAGACACAGGAC